AUGCGAGGCUUCAAGGAUGACUUCUAUGCAUGGAAGGAUUCCUUGAGCAAGGAUGAGCAGGCCCUGAUCCUGAAGCAGGCCCAGAACGAGUUCGACAAGAAGUUCCGCAAGAGCGACGAGUUCAGCCAGGACCUCCCUGAGGAGAAGAUCCAGUCCUUUGCCAAGGUCCUCAAGAAGUUCUUCGACAACGAGAAGGAUGACUACAAGAAGGACGCCGACCAGAGGACGCCCGACUACGAUGCGCUGAAGAACAAGGCGGCGCUGGUUUCCUACGACUUCGGCCUGAAGCGACGCAUCGUGGAGAUCGAUCGUGACGCCGACCGCCGCUGGAUGUACGCAUCGAUGACGGCUCGCGCAGAAGAGGCCGAGGGCAAGACCCCCUCGGACAGCGCCCCUUUCGAGGAUUUGUACAAGUUCUCCAAGGAGACCGCAGAGACUGUCCACAAGUUCCUCGCCGAGGCCAACAGCGCUUCCAGCGCCCCGGCCGGCCUGAAGAAAGAUAUCGAGAAGGUUCUUAAAGAGAACCCGCCCUCGGACGACUUCAAGGUGCGCUUCCCUCGCGUUCUGCACGAGCGCUUGGCCAAGAAGAUGGGCUCCUUGCAGAGGGAGAUCGAGGACUUCGCGGCGAACCACUCCGAGGCCGAGACCAAGGAGUUCAAGACCCGAACGGCGCCGGAGGAGCUCCUGAAGACCGCUGCCGAGGUCAUCAAGCCUUACUAUGAGGCCCGCGAGGCCAACGAGAAGAAGGUCCAGAAUCUCAAGGCCUUCUUCCGCUCCCAGAAGGACGCGCCCGGCAAGACGAAGGCGGACAUCGUCAAGGAGAUCUUCAAGGUGAUGCCGAAGUUUUCGGACACUCCGCUGCCGCCUUUGGACGAGGAGAUGCUGGCCGACCUGGCCAAGAUCCCUGCCAAACUCGAUGGCGAGUUCAAGCACAGCUGGGGAACUGCAGAGAAGCUCUACAAGUCCGAGGCCAUCGACUCCUUCGGCAACAAGUACCUCCUUGGUGUCUAUGAGACUGUGAAGGAGGCCGAGAAGGCCUUCGACGAGUGGAACAAGGAGUACGAGCAAGCCGGCGCUGAUGUCCAGGAAUCCCUCAGUGGCUGGGCCAAGCAGCAGGAGGCGGCUCUCGCCGAAGACCAGGAUGAGGUGGACCGCCUCCGCAAGGCACUGGAGGAGGCACGUCGAUGA